AUGGAAUCCGCUCAAAUCCCAGGCGGGACCCCUGCGCCAUAUGGCCGCGCAUGUAUGAACUGUUCCCGCGCCAAGUGCAAAUGCAUUGUUCCUGCAACUGGUAGUGGGUGCGAAAGAUGCCAGCGCCUGAGCAAGGAAUGUCGGCCUGCGCAGACAGUCCGGAAGCGCAAUAAGCCACUAUCGGGUUCUAAUACUGCCAAGCUCGAGGCCAAACUUGAUUGGAUUAUGUCCGCGUUUGAGAAGGGUGGUGUCAAACCCGAUAUUCCUCCAAAUUGGGAACCCGUAAACCCAGGACGGAGUCAACAGGAUGACCAAAGCAACUCUGCAUCAAGCACUCAAACCCUAGCUAAUCUUUCUUAUCUUUCGACUCCCGAGAAUGGGCGGUACCUUACACACUUUGUACCCUCGCAUGAUAGGGAAAUCUUGUCCCUGAUCUACGUCCCGCCCGCCAUUGCUCAGAAGAACCUCGACCAAUUCCGCACUCGGAACUUACAAUAUCUCCCCUUUGUCUAUAUUCCUUCUAAUAUAACCUCUGACCAAUUGCGAGAGAAAUAUCCAUUCCUUUGGAAAGUUAUGCUUGACAUUGCGCCGAGCAUGGAUCUUCUCCUUGGAAUCAUGACUUUCGUAUCAUGCGUUACAUAUACUAAAAGGCCGUUUCUCAAUGUCUAUGCACACAUGCUAAUGGCAGUUGUUGCUGAGCUUGGGAUCAACAAAAGUGAACCAAAUGAGUAUUCAGCCAUGCAUUCUUUCAAAAUCGCCAUUGGAAUGAAGCAAACUCCCCCCACAGCUAGAACACUCGAAGAAAGGAGGGCGGUGCUGGGAUGCUUUUUGAUUUCAUCAAGCGCCGCGUUGGCAAUGUCUAGGAUUGAUGCUAUGCGCUGGACACCGCACAUGGAAGAAAGUCUUUCAAUACUCGCCGAGGCUAAAGAGUGCCCUCAGGAUGAGCUCCUGAUUAUACAAGUCAAGAUCUAUUUGAUCUUAGAUAGUGUCUAUCAACUACGGCGGGAUGGCGAAGCUUUUAUCUCGCUAGCCUUCUAUCUGGAUACUUUCAAAAAAAGAUUAGACACGGUGAAGAGCGAAAUUCCGCCUCACCUCCAACAGCACAGAGUCAUACUGAUGUAUCUGUACAAUGCCGAAAUCAUAAUCAACGAACUAUCAAUAGGAGCUCCCGCCAUUGCAAAUUCGCCUGAUCUCCAUCGCCUCGACAGCCUUUACACCACCCUUCAAGCUUCAAAAGGCUGGCUAGAUGUAUGGCUAGAACUUGAAGGAGAGGAGUAUUUUCAGCUGUCAUGUAUCAUUUUUUUCCAAUUCACCCGAGCCAUUGUCACCCUGUACAAGCUCACCAUUCUGGAAGACCCGGUAUGGUCCAAGAGUAUGGUCAGAGACACCGCGAAUAUCCUUGAAUACCUGAACAGAAACGAGGCCAUCAUCAGAAAGUGCCCAGACUAUAUCACUUUCGACGAAAGCCGGGAAAUGAAUCUCCUCGAAAAGGGAUUGAGAAUGGUUCACGGCUUGAGAAUGAACUGGGAACCGAAAUUGAUGGAAAUGUGGGGCCCAAAUAUACCUGCGAACAACGGAAUCGAUAGUGGCAUGAUCCAAUCUGAUGCCAUGCUCCCUGAUGUUAUGCCCCUGGGUGAUAUUGAUGAGUCCUGGAUCCCACUGUCGAAGUUUCCAGGACCGAAACUUGCCGCUUGCACCAAUCUCCUAAAUCUAUACUGGACUUCAACAGGGCAGUAUCACUAUAAACUCAAGGAGCUCCAUGAUAAGUAUGGAGAUGUAGUUCGGACGGCUCCUAAGUCUCUUGUCUAUCGCAGCCCACAGGCAUGGAAAGAUAUCUACGGCCACCGCAAAUCUGGAGCCGGGUCGUUCCUGAAAGACCCAAAAUUCUACCUUCAGGGACCGAGAGGGCCAAACCUCAUCAACGCCAACGAUGAAGAUCAUUCAAGGGAAAGAAGAUUGCUCUCGCAUGCCUUCUCUGAAAAGGCCCUGCGCGAGCAAGAAGUCCUAAUUCAGUCAUAUGUUGACAUGUUGGUGGAUCGACUGAAGGAGAUAAGUUCAUCAUCACGAGAAGCAGUCGACAUGUCUCAGUGGUACAACUUCACCACAUUUGACAUCAUCGGAGACUUGGCCUUUGGCGAACCCUUUGACUGCUUACGGGAAAGCCAAUACCACCCAUGGGUCAAGAUGGUCUUUGUGAGCAUGAAAGUGAUGGCAUUAUCACGACCACUUCUAGUCUAUCCUUUUUUGGCACCGAUUGUCAGGAUGCUUCUACCAAAAAGGCUCAAAAAGAUGCGAGAAGACUCAUUCACCUUGGCAGCAAACAAAGUCCAUCGCCGAUUGGAGACCAAGGUUGAACGGCCGGAUUUCAUGACUUACAUCUUGCGACAUAAUGAUGAUAGGUCCAUGAGUAUACGGGAGAUGGAAGCAAAUGCAGCUUUGUUGAUCCUUGCUGGAAGUGAAACGACAGCCAGUCUACUCUCCGGGUUCACCUAUUAUAUCAUCGCAAACCCCUCGGCCUAUCGGAAACUAGUGGAUGAAAUCCGAGGAUCAUUCAAAUCUUAUGAAGAUAUUGAUUUCCAAGGAGUUGGACAACUGGCUUAUCUGAAUGCAGCACUCGAGGAAAGCCUACGGGUUUAUCCACCUGUCCCAGCUAUCAUUCCGCGGGUUGUACCUAAGGAGGGUGCAUUGAUUGAUGGGCAAUUCGUUCCAGAGAACGUUUCUGUGUCUGGGGCCCACUAUUCUACUUCCCAUUCCGAGUCUCAUUUUGCCGAAGCGGACUCUUUCAUCCCUGAAAGAUGGCUGGAAAGCAGAGACAGACGCUUCGACCUUGCCUAUGCAGAAAUGCGUCUGAUUGCGGCCAAGGUCUUCUGGAGCUUUGACAUGGUCAUGGACGAGAGUUCAACCGCUUGGAAUAUUCAGGAAGCUUACAAUAUCUGGGAACGCAAGCCAUUGAUGGUUAACCUGUCGCUGGCACAACAUUGA